AUGUCACUACAUACCAUCCUAGUGUACUCGAACAUGAGCAUAAAGACGGAAAGACUAAGCGGGAGACUUGAAGUUGGCGGCUCCCCCCCAGUUGGCGGCUCCCCCCCAGUUGGCGGCUCCCCCCCAGUUGGCGGCUCCCCCCCAGUUGGCGGCUUCUCCCUAGUUGGCGGCUCCCCCCCAGUUGGCGGCUUCUCCCUAGUUGGCGGCUCCCCCCCAGUACAGCUAGGGUUGGCAGAUAGCAACAGACGAAUUGCUAGUUACGGUGGCAAACCCCUGACAGUGUGCUCCUCUUUUUCUACUUUAUCAUGUUGUGCCCUUCACGUGCGCUACGGUACACGCAACAUGCCUUUCUACCAACCAUUCGAAUUGUGGCCUGCCAGCGGACCUACUCCACAAGCCGAAGCCUUCACAAUGCCCCAGACCACGUUGCGAAACAUCUAUGAAAAGUGCCUCGAUCGGCGAAUGCAUCGUCCCUUCGAUGAAACCGUUCGGUCAAUGGAGGCACUCAUCACAACCCUUAUUAAGGUUUCAUAUGCCCGAGUUGUCUUAGGACUUACACCUCAGAAUAUCAGCAGUUCACUACAACUUUUUGAUAGAGAGACCGACAACGUAACAACAUACUCUACGAUUCAGAUAUCCUCCCUGGCGUCUGAGUUGGGCAUCAACAUUGGCGAAGGGCCGAAGUGCCCCAACACGCUCGGAUGGGUGCGACAAAUAAGCCAACUGCCGCAAUUUUCCGAUUUGGUUCAAGAACUGAACAAUUACUUUCAGCGAGACCACUUUACACCGGAACCUCAUCUACCUAAUUCCUUACCUCGCUUCUCUCACACUGGAAACUCGGCCAGGCUUAACGCGCGCCUCGCCGCGAAGGGAAGAUACCGGCUGCAUAGGCAUGUAUACGACCGACAUUUCGGACUGCGAACAGACACGGCUUGCCGCAGCAGUGGACAUCGGGCAGUAAAGUAUCGCGGAAGGUACAUGGACCGCGUUGCUAGUGUGAGGUAG